ACUCUACCUUUAAUGGACAAAUAAUUGAUGUUUAAAAAUAUGUACAGUAUAACAUUUAAUCAUCACCUGCUCCAGGCAACGCAUGAACGUAAAUUUCAGCAUCCAGGCGCUUAUGAUUUCUAAAGAGGGAUUUAAAAAAAAUUACAUGUAAAUAAUUCGUGCAUUUACGUUGAAACUAAAAACGUACUUAAUACAGUGACAAAAUAUUGCAUUUUUACUUCGUCACUUCCCACUACUACCAAGUUCAAUGGCCCGGAUGUGUAUUUGCGCUUGGAAAACGGACGUGAGAUCACAGCAUAAGAAAUUCAUGAUGCUCAUCAAUGAUCCACUCCAAUCGCAGAGGUCUGCCUGGGAGGAGGAGGUUGGUAAGGAGAAGGGUGGGUGGGUGCACCUGCUGUCCCGCGCCUCGCUGCAGUGAGAGUCGGAUCACCACCACACAGCGAGGAGAGGGAACACCUGGCUUGCACGCCGCACGCUUACCAGGGCGUGGGGGUCCUCCAAAGAACGUCAUACCCGGCAACGAUGUCCCAUCUGGGUGGCGUCGGACGCACGGGCAGCUUUUUCUCGGCGUGCCUUCUCUCUGUGUGUCAAGCCCUGCGGAGCUGCGGGGAGGUCCAGUGCGCCGACGGCCAACAGUGCUGCCCGCCCAUCGUCGCCGGGAACGGGAGUAGCGGCGGUGACGGAGGUGGUGGUGGUGGAGGAGGAGGAGGAGGGGGAGGGGGCUCAACUGUUCGGUGUUGUAAGCUUCCGAUCCACAUCUUCUUCGACAACGUGGGCUGGUUCACGCGGAAGUUGUCGGGCAUCCUCAUCCUGUUGCUGCUCUUCGCCAUGGGCUACUUUAUCCAGAGGAUAGUGUGCCCGAGACCGCGCCGCCACCCGCAUCAGGACCGCGGGGAGGAGCCCUCGCUCUUCCACGGCCCGGCGUCCGCCUCCCAGGACUCCCUGCUGGAUCGCUACCCCGAGUGCAACCCGGUGGACUUCGCCUCGCCCAACCUGCCAGCCUACGACGAGGUCAAGUAUUUGCCCACGUACGAAGAGAGCAUGCAGGAGAUGCACCGGGACCGCUCCGACGACAACUUGCUGGCCGAAAACGAGACGAGCGGUCCGGGCAGAGGCAGGGCGGUGCGGCCGGGGGGUGGAGAGCACAGAAUGGAUGUCCUGGAGGGCUCGGAAGGGCAGCAGCCCGGCCCAAGGACAUCUCGGAACUCUGUCUGAUGGAAACAACGUGCAUUAAGACAAUAUCCUCUUAAGAGUUUUAGUUGACUUUUACUCUCAAGUGCAAUUUUAACAUUGACUGUUGACAAUAAAAGAGAGUCUAAAAUCGCCUUUUGGAUGCAAAUGAGCGUCUGGGAUGAUUUUUAAAAAAAUUAUUCUCUUCGUUUUGAAGACAGAUAGUUGAAAUUGUAUUAAGUUGUACGGUACUAAAGCAUGUAAAUUUUGGGUGCUUACCGCUGCAAAGAAAAAUAUCAAAUUUGUAUUUUAACCCCCCUCGGAAUGGAUUCACUUGAAUUUCACUUAAAACUCACAUCGGCCAACAUGAACACUUUCAAAAGUCUCUUGUGUCUUAGAGAGGAGGGGAUUGGGGCGGGGGGGGGGGGGGCGUGUGCAGGAACCAUCAUUCAUUCUGCAGGCAUUGCUGCCUAAUGAAAUAUGAGGUGACCUUUUUGCAACAAUUCAAAAACUACUCUUGACACCACAUAUAUCACAGUGCCGGGAUUUAUAUCCUGCUUACGUGGUUUAAAUAAGCAGAAAGACUUACUUUGAGUAUGUCAUGAAAAAAAAAAGAACAUUUCACAGUUACAUACCAGUCUGGUUUCUUUUUCAAAGCUCCGCAAAGUGGAACGUGAUUGCGGUGGCUCAGGUAAUCCAACACUGGCUGACCAUGACUGAUGGCCUUGCUCCUCCAGAGAGAAAUCUGUGGGUGGAUGGGGUUAGCACUUAGAGCACAAAUCCAUGUUUAGAACCCACUUAAGGGCCAGAUGAGAGGGGAAUGACCCCUGAGAAAGUGGUGGUCAUUUUACGAGGCUUAAGAGCUGUGAACGCUGAGUGACGUUCUCACAUGCGCGACUGUAUGAGCGUUUUCCAGGAGCCUACAUGAAAUUUUAACUAAGGGUCAAUAUAAAACCUUUUCCUCCAAUAAACAUGGAGACAUGCACAUCAAUGCCAGGGUACAAAAAAAAGAAAAGUGUGAGGAGUAUGAUUUCAGUUCCUCUGUACCAAAUGCGAAUAAACAUUUAUUGCUUACUAGCUUUCAGUUAAGUGGCAAGGCUUUCAUAUCUUUGCAUUUGUAUUGUAUGGUAACGGAAUUAAAUUUACCCUUUCAAGGACAGCGUAUCAUGUUAUCAGGUUACGGGUGUCGAUGGAAGGGUUGAAUGAGAUAUUGUUCACUUUUUCCUCACAAUUUAAAAUAGUUCCCUGAUGUAUGAACAUGUCUCCUUUUCAUCAAGUGUCAACAAUUUUGAAAUCUACUCACGCUAUUUCAUGUCUGGCUGAAAUGAGUUUAUUUUGAAGAGACAACCGUGUUAUAUCAAAGUAAGGCGUGCGGGCUUUGGUUACGAUAUGACUAAGUUAGGGCGGAGCGACUGUGAGCAUCUUCUACAAGUGGGGGAGGAAAAAAGGGAGUGCGUAUAAUGAAAAUAAAACCCCUAAUACUCAUAAUUUUGUCCAUCAAUGAGAGCCAAGUAUGCACGUGCCGGUUUUUAGAAGAUAACGCCGUUUGAAUGCGUUGAUCUGUGCUUUAAGCAAAACUCAACGGAGCUCUGCUUACCUUUUGGCUUUGGCUAUGGAGAUGGCUAAUAACACUAUGUGUCGCCCGCCUGUGGCUCUAGUUAAGGUCAUUACAGCUAACUAGUACCACCAUAUGCUGUUUUUCGGGCGGGUGGCGUGUGGUGUUUAUUUAAGUGGAUGUCACGAUUUAUUUAGGCCUACUAGAGAGGAACCCACUAUUUGAGGAGUUACAGUACUGAUGCAAACAUUAGAAUCCAAACCACAAUGUUGUGUUAUGCUUUUCUUCUUAUCGCUGUUUAUUAUGAGCAUUUUAACAAAUGGCCUUUUGCACCGACUAAGCGUAGCUGAAAACUCCCCAAUUUUUGGAUGCAUGUGCAUCCCAGACAAGGACGUGCUGGGAACUAAAUUUGACAUAUGGCGUAUGCGUUAACAGCGGCCGUCACCCGCCGACAAAUAAUUGUUGACGGGAGUUGAGUGGUGGGGCGGAAUGGGGGUGGUGUGAUGCAUUGCAAACAUGUUGACACACAGACAUGCACCGAAACAUAGUCGGUGACGACAAUACUAA